AUGGUUAAAGCUGCUGUUCUUGGCGCAUCUGGCGGCAUUGGCCAGCCUUUGUCUUUGCUACUGAAGACUUCUCCGCUGGUCGACGAACUCGCCUUGUACGAUGUUGUCAACACUCCAGGUGUUGCUGCCGACCUUUCCCACAUCUCUUCUGUUGCUAAAAUCACCGGCUACUUGCCUAAGGACGAUGGCCUCAAGCAUGCUCUGACUGGGGCUGAUAUUGUCGUCAUCCCGGCUGGAAUACCCCGCAAGCCUGGAAUGACCCGCGAUGAUCUUUUCAAGAUCAACGCCGGUAUUGUGCGCGACCUGGUCAAGGGUAUUGCCGAGUUCUCUCCCAAAGCGUUCGUUCUUAUCAUCUCCAACCCUGUCAACUCCACGGUUCCCAUUGCUGCAGAGGUUCUCAAGGCCGCUGGCGUCUUCGACCCCAAGCGCCUCUUUGGUGUGACCACUCUGGAUGUUGUACGCGCAGAGACUUUCACCCAAGAAUUUUCGGGCCAGAAGAACCCAUCUACCGUUCGGAUUCCAGUCGUGGGCGGUCACUCCGGUGAAACUAUUGUUCCCCUUUUCAGCAAGGCUACUCCUGCCUUCCAGAUCCCAUCGGACAAGUACGAUGCCUUGGUCAACCGUGUACAGUUUGGUGGAGAUGAGGUUGUCAAGGCCAAGGAUGGCGCUGGCUCCGCGACGCUGUCUAUGGCUUUUGCCGGUUUCAGAUUUGCUGAAAGUGUGAUCAAGGCAUCCAAGGGUCAGGCAGACAUUGUUGAGCCCACAUUUGUGUAUCUGCCUGGUGUUGCCGGUGGUGACGAGCUUGUUAAGGCAACAGGUGUCGAGUUCUUUUCUACUCUUGUGGCUCUUGGGGAGAACGGUGCAGAGAAGGCUGUCAACGUCUUGGAUGGAAUCACGGACCAGGAGAAGAAGCUUCUCGAGGCCUGUAACAAGGGCUUGAAAGGAAACAUCGAGAAGGGCAUCGAUUUCAUUAAGAACCCUCCACCAAAGUAA